GCGCUCGAGAAGAUUGCUCUGGACCCAAAAUACCACGAUGUCCUCACACUGGUGAAGGGUGUGAGGAACGGUAUCGUGUAUGGAAGUAAAGUGCGGUUUCCCCACGCACUCGUAAUGAUCUUCCUCUUCAGAUCCGGAAGCUUCCGCUCAAAAUGCCUCCUCGUCUACAAAGCAACCCGCCAACACGCCCGCAACCUCGGCCUCUUCGCCCUCGUCUACAAAGCCACCAUGCUCCUCCUGCGACACACAUCGCCCAACGGCAAAGAGCGCCAAUACGACUCCUUCCUCGCCGGUCUCCUCGGCGGCUACACCGUCUUCGGCCGCACAAUCCACAAUUCUGUCUCGCAGCAAAUCGUCAUCUACGUCGCUGCACGCGUGUGCCUGGCCCUGGCUAAGCUGGCCGUGCAGCCGCGAGAUGUCGGUAGUGCAGGCGGGAAACAUGCGGCCGUCAAGGGGUGGGAGUUGUUUGGCAAUGGCGAGAUGAGGCGCGCGCUCGUGCGCAAUGGUUGGCCGGCUUUUGCUAGUUUGAGCUGGGCCAUGGUUAUGUAUAUUUUCAGGUGGCAUCCUGAGAGUGUGCAGAGUAGUCUCAGGAGUAGUAUGAGUUAUAUUUAUGUGCAGUCGGAUGAGUGGGAUUCUCUACGGACGCUGUUAUGGCAUAAUAAGUAA